CCCCCCAGGCAAUCUGAAGCACUGUAUAAAAGGAGCAGGUACGCAGACCUAUUCCAUCUUCCUCUCCUGUGUACUCUCCUCUACAUCAGGAUCGCCUUCAGCCCUGCAAAGAAAUGUCUUGCUACGACCUGUGCCCCACCACCGGCAGUGUCGCCGUCCCCCAGCCCCUCGCCGACAGCUGCAAUGAGCCGUGUGUCCGGCAGUGCCCCGACUCAACAGCCCUGAUCCAGCCGCCCCCCGUCGUGGUCACCUUCCCCGGCCCCAUCCUCAGCUCCUUCCCCCAGCAAGCCGUGGUGGGCUCCUCCGGAGCACCCGCCUUUGGGGGCUCCCUGGGGCUGGGGGGCUUUUAUGGCUCUGGGAGCCUCUACGGUUAUGGGGGCUCUCUGGGAUAUGGGGCCCAGUAUGGAUAUGGGGGUUCAGCCCUCUCCACUCUUGGCAGCGGGUACUGCACCCCGUACUCCUCCCGCCGGUACAGCCGGUUCCUCCGCGGCAGCUGUGGGCCCUGCUAAAGGCUGCGGAAGCCUCAGAAGAGCCACACGUGAAGGCCCAAACACCGAGCAAUGAGGAUGUGGGUUCAGUGUUCCUGCAGUCCUGCAGUGGAGCUACUGCCACUUAGCAUUUCUGAUCUUCUAUUCUACUUUUUGUUUACCCUGCAAUUUCUAGUUUGUUGUUUGCUACUGUUCCAGCUUUCUCAUUUUUUUUUUUUUAACCGUCAUGGGGCAGCAUAUUCUAUAUGGACAUCACUCAUAAUGACAUAUAUCUUCAUCAGCGGUUGCACAGCAGACAGAAGAAAGCCAGCUGAGGACGGCAAUAUCUUUGAGCAGGACAUUUGUUGUACAUUCUCUGAAAUUGUCUGGAAACAGAUUUUUCAUAUUCUGUGAUACCUUGCUUUGCAAACAUAGGCAUUUCUUGCUCAUUAAAAUUUUGUUGCAUCACA